UUUCCUUUCCAAGUAACUUCUUAAGUAAAUAUCUUCAAAAACCUUAUCUCUUGGGUUCGCAUCAUCUCAGCCUUUUAUUUGAGAGAAAGUUACUUACUUUCUAAUAUUGUCAUAUCUCAUUUGAUACAAGUUCUAAGCUGUUAGCUAGUUUCAUGAACUUUUGUUUUUGGUUUUUUGAAUUCAUUUACUCUUAACUGUGUAAUCAAGUGAACGCUUUGCUUCUGGGUUUCAAAGAUUAUAUCAAAGGUGGUUACCAUUUGGUUGUCAUGGGAGGCCAAUCUAGCAAGACCAGUAAUGGUGAUUUCGGAUUCGCAAAAGAUUUCAGCUCAUACGAGGAUGCUUGUAAGAAAGAUCCACGCUUAGGAUCCUUCGGUGCCAAAGUCCUUGAAAGGACUAAGAUUGUCGGAAAUUCCCUUGUCACUGGUAAUUCCGAUAUUAGAUCCUUAGACUUAUUUAAAGAUGUCUUACAUUUGCUUUUUGACCUGACCCGAGAUGUGUUACUUUCAUUCUCGAAAGCAAGGAAGAUAUAUGGAAUAAACCAGAAUUGUUGUCUUUGGUUGAGGAAUACUUUGAUGGUAGCAUCAAAUAUAUGGAUUUUUGUAGUGAACUACAAAGAUGUGUUUUACGCGCUCGUACUAGCCAGAAGCAUAUACAGGCUGCCGUUACGCAUUACGAGAAGGAGAAGUAUGUAGAGACAUUAGAAGAAUUACAGAAGUUUGUGGCGGCUGGCAGUCCAUUUACCUCGGAGUUCUUUGAUCUGUUCCAAUCAGUUCGUGAGCAGCAGCAAUCCUUGUUGGAGAAAAUAAGAUCUCGUAAGAGGAAGCUUGAUAAGAAAUUCAAAAAAGUGACGAUUUGGAGGGCAGUGACUUAUGUGUUGUUUGUAUCUCUUUUUGUCUUUGUGAUGAUUUCCAAUGUAGUAGCAGUUGCCGUCUCUGCUGCACCACCUGUUGUAACUGCUUUGGUCACUGCGCUAGACGUUCCAGUGAAAGGGAUGAAAAGUUGUUAUGACUUUUGGAAUCGGUACCAGAAAGCAUUGAAGGAGGAGCGGGAGUUCGUGGAAAAAAUUGACCGUGCAACUUUCACUAGAAUCACAGCCAUGAAAAAUGUAAAGGCUCUUGCCGACAGAUUGAUUGUGGAAAUCGAGCCACUCUUGAAGAAAGCAGCAGGGCUUGCUAGCAGGGAAGAAGAUUUUGUAAAACUGAAGAUGGAUGAGAUCAAGAAGGAGAUGGCGUUGUUCAUGGAUACCUGUGAGCAAUUAUAUGUCCAGGCUCAUAACUGUCACAGCCACAUAAUCCAAGAAAGAAAUCAGAUUUUGGAGAAGAUCAAUAAUAAAACAACUUGAACAUAGACUGAGGUGAUAAGUGGUGAGAUCUCUAAUGAUUGGUCAAUCAUAUAAAAAAUAAAAAAGUAAAUACCAAACAGUGUGUUGUUGAUGGUCUGCAGUGUGUAUGUGUGUGUGACUGUAAUAACUUCUUUAGCUGGGUUGAUUACAUUCAUCAA